AUGCCGUACCGCAGGCGAUACUCCGCGAAAAUGCCAGAUUACGAUAUGGAAGUGACCGUUGUAGAUGUUUAUGAUAUGGCUUCGGACAUUGGAAAGGAAUGCGAAAUAAUUAUCGAAAAAUACGGCCCUGAAGCUGUUACAGCUCUACUACCGAAGGUGAUAAAUGCGCUGGAAUUAUUAGAAAAUUUGGCUGUACGCAAUGAAAAGGAGAAUCAAGCACUGAACGAAUUAACAGCGAAGAUAUCGCAGUUAGAAAACGAUAAAAUAGAAAAGGCGGAGUACAGACAACGAUUCGAAAAGGUAUGCAGAGUAAUUGUAAGAAGUCGACAUUUUGUCCUAUUGCUCAUUAUAAAUAUUACAAUAUUUUUGAUUAAAUUGUACCUUAUUGCGCAGGAGAUAGAGGCUAUCGAGGAGCAGUGGAGGACGGAGUCAGCUGAGCUUGUCACAGCCGUCGCCAGGCUCCAGGACGAGAAUAAACGUUUGAGACGGACCAUCAACUCGCCAGCGGACGGUGAGUUUUGGAAAUGGACCAGCGCCCCGCCGUCCCCGGCUAGGGAGCACGAUCAGGAAGUGCUGUCUCGUCUGAGCAGCACCGCGGAGAAGCAGCGAUCGACGCUCAGACACCAGGAGCUCCAGCUGCAGGAGAAGCAGCAGCUCAUUGACAGCUUGACAAACCAAGUGGAGAAAUUGGCCCAAGUCAGUCGUGAUCUUCGACGGAAACACAAGCAGCUUCAAAAUCAGAUGCGUUUAGUAUGCGAGGAGAGAACCGAGCUGACAGCCAUUGUUCAAUCACAACAGAGAGACAUCACCGCGCUACAGAAGUCAGAUGCAAAAAAUAAGUGCACGUCAUGCAGCGUGGCGAUGGAAGACGAUGAGGAUCAAUCCUCUAAACCGACGUUCAGCGUUCGUGAGCUGAGAGCCAUCCUCCAUGAGAGGAACGAGCUCAAGCUGAAGCUGAACCGGGCUGAGGAACAGCUGCAGGCCCUGCAGGCCGAGCCGCAACCCGACAGUAUCGUCAGCAGCGGCUCGGAUACAUCACCCUGUAUCAGUACUACGGCCGUUGACGACGAGGCACCGGUGCAAGGACCGCUGCCGGCUGAGCCGGACGACGCGCCCUGGAAGAGGAACAGUGGAAUAAGGAAGUUUUUUCGCAAGCUCUUUGCUGAGUCUGAUAUCGCCGUGGGGGGGUUCUCGCGUCGUCAGCUGGGUCGCUCCGGCCCCGCCGCGGCCGCCACCGCCCCCGCGUAG